AUGACAGUCACUGACCUUUUCCGACCACUGACCUUUCGCCGCGGUCCAUCCCUUAAGAAUCGAAUCCUCCUUGCGCCUCUCACCAACUGGCAGAGCAACGAAAGUGAUGGCAGUGUUACCGAAGCGGAUACGCAUUGGCUGACGCGCUGCGCUGCCGGCGGCUUCUCCAUGGUCAUGACAUGUGCCGCCAAUGUGCAUGUAGACGGAAAAGCUUUUCCGGGACAGAUGGGCAUCUACAGCGAUGAACAUUUGCCGGGCCUGCGCCGCAUAGCUGACAUCAUCCGCAAGCAUGGGGGAGUCUCCUCCGUGCAGAUCCAUCACGGAGGUGCGCGCAUUUCGCCAACACUUAUCGGUGGUCGGACACCAGUGGGACCUUCCGCUAUCCUUCCGGGCGCCGUACGAGGGCUCUCCCUUGCUGAAGUAGAGCAGGCGCGAGACGAUUUUAUCGCGGCUGCAGUACGUGCCCAACGGGCCGGAUUUGACGGAGUGGAGGUGCAUGGGGCAUUUGGAUGGCUUAUCAUGCAGUUCCUGUCGCCCAUCUUCAACCGGCGCACUGAUCACUACGGUGGUAGUCUUGAAAACAGGGCGCGAUUCCUCUUUGAGAUCAUUGAUGGCAUUCGACGCACGUGUCGACCGGACUUUCAAAUUGGCCUCCGCAUUUCCAUGGAGCGAUACGGUGUUCCACUGAUAGAGAUGCGCGAGGUAGCGGCACGGGCAUUGCGCGAGGCGCGCAUCGACUAUCUCGAUCUUGCUGUAUGGGACUACCGCAAAAUGGCCACAGAGGAGCCCUUUUUGGGUCAGACUAUGUUGAGUGUCUUUACAGACCUUCCGCGCCCAGAGGGUGUGCGUGUGGCUGCCAUUCUUGACCCGGAUUUGCCGAAGAAUGUGGAGGAGAAUGAGGAAUAUGUGGCCCCUAAGCUUCCGGUGACGGCGGAGUACCUCAAGAGCUCUGGAUUGAGUGAGCGGUUUGUUGAUUACAUGAGGACGUGGGAGGGAUUUGUUUUGGAUGCCUAG